CGGGCCGUGGCCCCGGACCGCAGGGGAGGCCGAGGCGGGAGCGCUCGGCGCUGAGGCGGCGGCGGCGGCGGCGGGAAGGGGCCGGGUGGCGGGGCAGGCAGGGAGGCUGGCGAGGCUCCGGCCGCAGGACGGGCGCGGGGACGGCUCCGGGGGGCGGGGGCCGGGGCCCGGGCCGGCUCGUGCGGGGGGUAUGAUGACCCGGCGGCGGGGCCCCGGAUCGCGUCUCCUCCGCCGCCUCCUCGCGGCGGCCCCGACUCGAGGCUGAGAACUACACACACCGGCGGUAUGGCAUCACAGCUGCAGGUGUUUGACCCCCCAUCAGUGUCGUCGAGUGCCUUCUGCAGUGCAAAGAAACUGAAAAUAGAGCCCUCUGGCUGGGAUGUUUCAGGACAGAGCAGUAACGACAAAUAUUAUACCCACAGCAAAACCCUCCCAGCUACACAAGGGCAAGCAAGCUCCUCUCACCAGGUAGCAAAUUUCAGUAUUCCUGCUUACGAGCAGGGCCUCCUCCUCCCAGCCCCUGCAGUGGAGCAUAUUGUGGUAACAGCUGCUGAUAGCUCAGGCAGUGCCGCCACGGCAACCUUCCAGAGCAGCCAGACCCUGACUCACAGGAGCAACGUUUCUUUGCUUGAGCCAUAUCAAAAAUGUGGAUUGAAGAGAAAGAGUGAGGAAGUGGACAGCAACGGUAGCGUGCAGAUCAUAGAAGAACAUCCCCCUCUCAUGCUGCAGAACAGAACCGUGGUGGGUGCUGCUGCCACGACCACCACUGUGACCACCAAGAGUAGCAGUUCCAGCGGAGAAGGGGAUUACCAGCUGGUCCAGCAUGAGAUCCUUUGCUCUAUGACCAACAGCUAUGAAGUCCUGGAGUUCCUAGGCCGAGGGACAUUUGGACAGGUGGCAAAGUGCUGGAAGCGGAGCACCAAGGAAAUUGUAGCCAUUAAGAUCUUGAAAAACCACCCCUCCUAUGCCAGACAAGGACAGAUUGAAGUGAGCAUCCUUUCUCGCCUAAGCAGUGAAAAUGCUGAUGAGUAUAAUUUUGUCCGUUCUUAUGAGUGUUUUCAGCACAAGAAUCAUACCUGCCUUGUGUUUGAGAUGCUGGAGCAGAACUUGUACGAUUUUCUAAAGCAGAACAAGUUUAGCCCACUGCCACUCAAGUACAUAAGACCAAUCUUGCAGCAGGUGGCCACAGCCCUGAUGAAGCUGAAGAGUCUUGGUCUGAUUCAUGCCGACCUUAAACCUGAAAACAUAAUGCUAGUCGAUCCAGUUCGCCAACCCUACCGAGUAAAGGUCAUUGACUUUGGCUCUGCUAGUCAUGUUUCCAAAGCCGUGUGUUCAACCUACCUGCAAUCACGCUACUACAGAGCUCCUGAAAUUAUUCUUGGAUUACCUUUCUGUGAAGCUAUUGACAUGUGGUCUCUGGGCUGUGUAAUAGCUGAGUUGUUCCUGGGAUGGCCUCUUUAUCCUGGUGCUUCAGAAUACGAUCAGAUUCGUUAUAUUUCACAAACACAAGGCCUGCCAGCUGAAUAUCUUCUCAGUGCUGGAACAAAAACAACCAGGUUUUUCAACAGAGAUCCUAAUUUGGGGUACCCACUGUGGAGGCUUAAGACACCCGAAGAACAUGAAUUGGAGACCGGAAUAAAGUCAAAAGAAGCUCGGAAGUACAUUUUUAACUGUUUAGAUGACAUGGCUCAGGUAAAUAUGUCUACAGACUUAGAGGGAACAGACAUGUUGGCAGAGAAAGCAGAUCGGAGAGAGUACAUUGAUCUCCUGAAGAAAAUGCUGACGAUUGAUGCAGAUAAGAGAAUCACGCCUCUGAAAACUCUUAACCACCAGUUUGUGACAAUGGCUCACCUUCUGGACUUUCCACACAGUAACCAUGUUAAGUCCUGUUUCCAGAACAUGGAGAUCUGCAAGCGGAGGGUUCACAUGUAUGACACAGUGAGUCAGAUCAAGAGUCCCUUCACUACACAUGUCGCUCCAAAUACAAGCACAAACCUAACCAUGAGCUUCAGCAACCAGCUCAACACAGUGCACAAUCAGGCCAGUGUUCUAGCUUCUAGCUCCACUGCAGCAGCUGCUACUCUUUCUCUGGCUAAUUCAGAUGUCUCGCUGCUAAACUACCAAUCGGCUUUGUACCCAUCCUCGGCAGCGCCAGUUCCUGGAGUUGCCCAGCAGGGUGUUUCCUUACAACCUGGGACUACCCAGAUCUGCACUCAGACAGAUCCAUUCCAGCAAACAUUUAUAGUAUGCCCACCUGCCUUUCAGACUGGGCUUCAAGCAACAACAAAACAUUCUGGAUUCCCUGUGAGGAUGGAUAAUGCUGUGCCAAUUGUACCCCAGGCGCCCGCUGCUCAGCCUCUACAGAUCCAGUCAGGAGUGCUCACACAGGGAAGCUGUACACCACUAAUGGUAGCAACUCUCCACCCUCAAGUAGCCACCAUCACGCCGCAGUAUGCGGUGCCCUUUACCCUGAGCUGCGCAGCAGGCCGGCCGGCGCUGGUUGAACAGACUGCUGCUGUACUGCAAGCCUGGCCUGGAGGAACCCAACAAAUUCUCCUGCCUUCAGCUUGGCAGCAACUGCCUGGGGUAGCUCUACACAACUCUGUCCAGCCUGCUGCCGUGAUUCCAGAGGCCAUGGGGAGCAGCCAGCAGCUAGCUGACUGGAGGAAUGCCCACUCUCAUGGCAACCAGUACAGCACUAUCAUGCAGCAGCCAUCUUUGCUGACUAACCACGUGACCUUGGCCACUGCCCAGCCUCUGAAUGUUGGUGUUGCCCAUGUUGUCAGACAACAACAGUCUAGUUCCCUCCCUUCAAAGAAGAAUAAGCAGUCUGCUCCAGCCUCAUCCAAAUCCUCUCUGGAAGUUCUGCCUUCUCAAGUUUAUUCUCUGGUUGGGAGUAGUCCUCUUCGCACCACAUCUUCUUAUAAUUCCCUAGUCCCUGUCCAAGACCAGCACCAGCCAAUCAUCAUUCCAGAUACUCCCAGCCCUCCUGUGAGUGUCAUCACUAUCCGUAGUGACACCGAUGAAGAAGAGGACAACAAAUACAAGCCCAAUAGCUCGAGCCUGAAGGCAAGGUCUAAUGUCAUCAGUUAUGUGACUGUCAAUGACUCUCCAGACUCUGCCUCCUCCCUGAGCAGCCCAUAUCCUACAGACACACUGAGUGCUCUGCGGGGAAACAGUGGGACACUUCUGGAGGGACCUGGCAGGACUGCAGCAGAUGGCAUUGGCACCCGUACUAUCAUUGUGCCUCCUUUGAAAACACAGCUUGGAGACUGCACUGUAGCAACACAGGCCUCAGGUCUCCUUAGCAGUAAGACCAAGCCAGUGGCCUCAGUGAGUGGGCAGUCAUCUGGAUGCUGUAUUACUCCCACAGGGUACCGAGCUCAACGAGGGGGAGCCGGCGCGGUGCAGCCACUCAACCUUAGCCAGAACCAGCAGUCAUCGUCAGCUCCAACCUCGCAGGAAAGAAGCAGCAACCCUGCUCCCCGCAGACAGCAGGCAUUUGUGGCCCCGCUCUCCCAAGCCCCCUACGCCUUCCAGCAUGGCAGCCCACUGCACUCGACGGGGCACCCACACUUGGCCCCAGCCCCUGCUCACCUGCCAAGCCAGCCUCACCUGUAUACGUACGCUGCCCCCACUUCUGCUGCUGCAUUGGGUUCCACCAGUUCCAUUGCUCAUCUUUUCUCCCCCCAGGGUUCCUCAAGGCAUGCUGCAGCUUAUACCACCCACCCUAGCACUCUGGUGCAUCAGGUUCCUGUCAGUGUUGGGCCUAGCCUCCUCACUUCUGCCAGUGUGGCCCCUGCUCAGUACCAACACCAGUUUGCCACUCAGUCCUACAUUGGGUCUUCCCGAGGCUCAACAAUUUACACUGGAUACCCACUGAGUCCUACCAAGAUCAGUCAGUAUUCGUAUUUGUAGUAGAUGAGCACGAGGGAGGCUCCGUGGCUGCCUGCUACUAGCCCUGAGUUCUUAAUGGGCUCUGGAGGGCACCUCCAUUAUCUCCUCUUGAAAGUUCCUAGCCAGCCGCUCGCUCGUUCUGCAGGGGCCCACUGAAGCAGAAUGCUUUUCUCUGGGGAACAGCUCUCAGUGUUGACUGCAUUGUUGUAGUCUCCCAAGUCUGCCCUAUUUUUUAAUUCUUUAUUCUUGUGACAGCAUUUUUGGCCGUUGGGAGAGCUCAGAAGCCCAUCUUCUGCAGUUAUCAAGGAAGAAAGAUCGUUCUGAAGUUACCCUCUGUCAUACAUUUGGUGUCUUUGACUUGGUUUCUCUAAAUGUUUUUAAGAAGCAGUAAAGCUCUUCUUUAUGAGGAAAAAUGUUGAUAAAGGAUUUGAAAUCUUGUAACAGAUGAGAAAGAGUCAUUACUUUUUGUUUGUUUAAAAAACUAAAACACAAGACUUCCUUGCCUUUUAUUUUGAAAGCAGCUUACGAAAGCUGUACUUUGCUAUCAGGCAUUUCUCCUCAAGAGCUGAUCUUUGCUUAUGGCACAUCGAAACUUUUCAUGUCAUGCUAUCCUUAUUGGGCAGUUGUUACGAUUUUAGUAAAACUAGCUGAGUACUGAAACCUGUGCAGCCCCUGCUGCGCUUGCUCGCUGCUGCGUUCCUUACCGAGCAGCGCGCUAAAAAGGCAGCCAGCGCCUGCUGCUAAGGGUGAGGGCCGUGCCCACCAGGAUUCAUUCUAAAUGAAGACCAUGGAUUCUUUCUUAGAUUAUUGUUUUAAAGCCCUCCUCCUCUCUCUGGUUUCACUUAAAUUCUCCUACUAGAAAAGCCAGUGAGGUGGUAAGUGUAUGGUGGUUUUUGCAUACAAUAGUAUGCAAAAUCUCUUUAGGAUGAGAUGCUGGCACUGAUGAACAUUGCCUAAGAUUUCUAUGAAUUUUCAAUACACUUCUGGGUUUUCCUCAUCUCUCCCUUCUGUUCAUGUGACUUAUUUGAGGGGAAAGCUAAAGAAACUAAAAACCAGAUAAGUUGUGUGUAGCUUUUAUACUUUAAAGUAGCUUCCUUUGUAUGCCAACAGCAAAUUGAAUGCUCUCUUACUAAGACUUAUAUAAUAAGUGCAUGUAGGAAUUGCAGAAAAUAUUUUAAAAGUUUAUUACUGAAUUUAAAAAUAUUUUAGAAGUUUUGUAAUGGUGGUGUUUUAAUAUUUUGCAUAAUUAAAUAUGUACAUAUUGAUUAGAAAAAAUAUAACAAUUUUUCCUCUAAAUCAAAAUGUUAUUUGUAAUCAAAUGUGUAGUGAUUACACUUGAAUUGUGUAUUUAGUGUGUAUCUGAUCCUCCAGUGUUACCCCGGAGAUGGAUUAUGUCUCCAUUGUAUUUAAACCAAAAUGAACUGA